AUGUCGUCCUUCAACAAUGAGACCAAUAAUAACAGCAACACUAAUACACAUCCAGACGAUUCCUUCCCUUUGUAUACCGUAUUCAAGGACGAGUCUGUACCCAUCGAGGAAAAAAUGGCACUGCUUACACGGUUCAAAGGACAUGUAAAAAAGGAACUAGUUAACGAAUCGUCGAUCCAAGCUUAUUUCGCUGCGUUACUGUUCAUCUCCGGCCAUUACGCUUACCGUUCGUACCCGCGGUUAAUCUUCCUAUCACAUUCCUCGCUUUGUUACCUUAUCAAACGUGUGGCCAUGCAGUCUCCAGUACAAUUCAAUGACACUCUAGUUGAGCAAUUACUAAACCACUUAAUUUUCGAGUUGCCUAAUGAGAAGAAAUUUUGGCUGGCUUCCAUUAAAGCCAUUGAAGCCAUUUAUUUGGUUAAUCCAUCGAAGAUCCAAGCUAUUCUAGCAAAUUUCUUGCGAAGACCAAGUGAAAACCAAAACGGAGAUUACCUGAAUAGGAUAAAAUCUACAUUAUUGACCAUCGAUGAGUUGAUCCAGAUCAACGAGAAAAAUAAUUCAAAUCAUUUGCAACUACUGAGGUUUUUCAUGCUGUCUUUCACCAACCUUUUAAAUAACAACCUAAAUGAACACGCAAACGAUGAUAACAAUAAUGUAAUAAUAGAGCUUAUUUUCGAUAUAAUGUACAAGUAUUUGAAAAUGGAUGACGAAAAUUCACAGGAUCUGAUAGAUGGAUUUAUUAACGAUUUAGAAGUUGAGAAAUUCAAGCAAAAAUUCAUAAGUUUAGCAAAGUCACAGGACCAGCAUGGUUCACAAGAAGAUAAAUCGACCUUGUUUGACGAAGAGUACGAGUUUCAAUUACUAUUAGCCGAAGCGAAAUUGCCGCAGUUAUCAAACAACUUGAGCAGUAAAGACCCAGCGAUGAAAAAAAACUAUGAGUCUUUGAACCAAUUACAACAAGACUUGGAGAAUUUGUUGGCACCGUUCCAAAGUGUAAAGGAAACAGAACAAAAUUGGAAGCUAAGGCAAUCAAAUAUAAUUGAAUUAGACAACAUUAUAUCCGGCAACAUUCCCAAAGAUAAUCCAGAGGAAUUUGUCACUGUAAUAAAGGAGGUGCAGUUGAUUGAGUUGAUUUCAAGAGCUACCUCGUCGUUGAGGACAACGUUAUCAUUAACUGCAUUACUUUUCCUCAAGAGGCUAAUCCAUAUCCUAAACGAUCAGUUGCCCCUAUCAAUAUUGGACCAAAUAUUUGUCAUUUUCAAGAACUUGUUAUCAUCUACCAAGAAAAUCUCUUCACAAACUGCAUUUCAUUGUUUAAUUACUUUGAUCAUUGAUAUAAAUCAUUUCCAUAAUAAACUAUUCCAAUUAUCUUUUUUAUUAAUAAAUGAGAAAACCGUAACACCGAGAUUUUGCUCUGCAAUACUGCUGCGUAGCUUCCUGAUUAAGUUCAACGACUCCAAUCUUUCGCUCAACAAUUCAAAUACAACUUCGCCAACCUCAAAGUUGGAGAAUAACAUCAUAUACAUCGAAGAAUGGCUAAAAAAGGGCAUUUCAGAUUCACAGACAACCGUUAGAGAGGCAAUGAGGUUAACUUUUUGGUAUUUCUACAAAUGUUAUCCUACAAAUGCCAAAAGAUUAUUGAGUUCUUCCUUUUCUCCACAGUUGAAAAAAGCAACAGAAUUGGCAAUCCCUGCUCAUUUGAAUAUAAACUAUCAAGUUUCCAGGGUGUCCUCUACUGCCUCCGCCUCCUCUGCAACGUCUCGAUUGUACUCUCACUCUUCGAAUAAUUCUUCAAGAAAAACCAGUUUACUGGAGCAGAAAAGGAACUAUCCAAGUUAUGCCCAACCGACUCAAUCUUCCUCCACCUCCCUACUCAACGCUCCUGCAGUCACAGCUGGUGGAAGUGUCAUAGCCAGUAAACUAUCAAAUAAGCUGAAAACAAACUUAAGGUCUACUAGUGAAUAUUCAAGUAAAGAAAAUGAAAAAAGGGCAAGGCAUCAUGACAGUAUGAACUCUGUUUCAAACAGCAACACCAAAGAUAAUAAUAAUGUUACUAAAAGAAAAGUUAGUGCCCCUCCUUCUUCUACUGCCGCCACAAAAGUAUCUGAAAAUUACACAAAUUUUGAUGACUUUCCGUCAAACCAAAUCGACUUGACUGAUGAGUUAUCAAAUAGUUACUCUAACCCGUUGAUAAAGAAAUAUAUGGAUAAAAAUGAUGUUUCGAUGUCAUCUUCUCCAAUCUCAUUAAAAGGCAGUAAUAAACUUGGUGAAUAUGAAACCCUUUACAAAAAAUUCAAUGAUGCUUCGUUUCCAGCUCAGAUCAAAGAUGCUUUACAGUAUUUACAAAAGGAGUUACUGUUGACAUCGCAACAGUCAUCAUCAGCCCCAAAAUUUGAAUUUCCCAUGAUUAUGAAAAAGCUACGCCAAAUUAUGAUAAAGUCACCAAAUGAUUUCAAGCCAUUUUUGAGUAUAGAGAAGUUUACAAAUGGAGUUCCCUUAAAUUACCUCAUUGAGCUAUAUUCUAUUAAUAGUUUUGAUUACGCGGAAAUCUUAAAGAAUAGAAUGAAUCCUGAAAAGCCCUACGAGCUUACUAACUUGAUUAUAACUAUCGCGGAUUUAUUCAAUUUCUUGAAUGCCAAUAAUUGUCCGAAUGAUUUCAAACUAUACUAUAUGAAAUACAAAACCACUUUUUUCAAUUAUAAUUUCAAGUUACUUUUAGAGAUUUUCCGUAACUUGAACAUAAAACAUGAUAACACUCUGAGGUCAGGAACGAACGAUCUCAUGCCUAAAAUAUCAAUGAUACUCUUUCAAAUCUACGGUAAAGAGUUUGACUACACAUGUUAUUUCAAUCUAAUUUUUGAAAUUUAUAAAUUCGAUAAUAAUCGUUUUAAUAAAUUGCUAGCUGAUUUUGACAUUGUAUCUACCAAGAUGAAAAUCUGUCAUGAACUUGAAAAGAAGGAUGCCAACUUUAAGGUAGAAGACAUCAUUUCUAGAGAAAGUUCUGUAAGCUUCACUCCCAUCGACAAUAAAAAAUCUGAAGGGGAUGAGGAAUCCGACGAUGCUGUAGACGAAAAUGAUGUUAAGAAAUGCAUGGAAAUGACAAUGAUUAAUCCCUUCAAAAACUUGGAAACUGAUAAAACACUAGAGUUGAAGAAUAACGUUGGAAAAAGAACAUCAAGCACAGACAGCGUAGUUAUUCAUGAUGAUAAUGACAAAGAUAAAAAGCUUUCAGAAAUGACGAAAAUAGUAAGUGUUUAUCAACUGGACCAGCCAAACCCAGCAAAGGAGGAAGAUGAUAUAGAUAUGGAAAAUUCUCAAAAAUCUGAUUUGAAUUUAAGUGAAAUUUUUCAAAACAGUGGUGAAAAUACCGAAAGGAAAUUGAAGGACGAUAAUGAACCAACAGUAAAAUUCAGUACAGAUCCUCCAAAGAUAAUAAAUGAGCCAGAAAAACUUAUUGGAAAUGGGAAUGAGAAUGAAAAGCCUGAUUUGGAAACAAUGUCACCAAUCAAAAUAAACGGGGACGAGAAUAUGGGUCAAAAGCAAAGGAUCACAGUAAAGAGAGAAAGAGACGUAGCACUAACUGAACAAGACAUAAACUCCAAAAAGAUGAAACUAGUUAAUAACAAAAAAUCAGAGAAGAUGCAUUUGCUUAUCAUGGAUAAUUUCCCAAGGGAUUCCUUGACUGUAUAUGAAAUUAGUCAUCUUUUAAUGGUUGAUUCUAAUGGCAACACUUUGAUGGAUUUUGAUGUCUAUUUCAAUCACAUGUCAAAGGCAAUAAACAGGAUAAAAAGUGGAUCGUUCACUAUGAAACAUAUAAAUUACCUGAUCGAACCCUUGAUUACUUGUUUUCAAAAUCAAAAAAUGACCGAUUGGUUGACGAAUGAAAAUGGUUUUGAUGAACUACUGGAUGUUGCUAUUAUGCUUUUGAAAUCUACUGAUGACACGCCUUCAAUUCCAUCAAAAAUAUCCAGUAAGUCCAUAAUUCUCGUUCAUUGUCUUUUGGUUUGGAAAAAGUUUCUAAAUACACUAAGCGAGAAUGCCGACGAUGAUGGCGUUUCGGUGAGAAUGUGUUUCGAAGAAGUAUGGGAACAGAUCCUUUUAAUGCUUAAUAAAUUUUCUGAUUAUGGAAACGAAAUCUAUAAAUUAGCGCAAGAGUUCAGGGACAGUCUAAUGUUAUCGCACUUUUUCAAAAAACAUUCGGCAACAAGAAUUCUAAGCAUGUUGGUUACUGAAAUUCAGCCUGACACCGCUGGUGUGAAAGAAACAUUUUUAAUUGAGACCUUAUGGAAGAUGCUGCAAUCUCCUACCAUUUGCCAACAAUUCAAGAAAUCUAAUAUAUCAGAGAUUAUCCAAACAAUGAGCUAUUUCAUUAUGGGGACUGAUAAUACUUCGUGGAACUUCACCAGUGCCGUGGUAUUAGCUCGUUGUUUGAGAGUCCUCCAAACUACUCCAGAUUAUACUGAGCAAGAAACCGAACGAUUAUUCGAUUGUUUGCCUAAGAAUGUCUUUAAAAUGAUCAUGUUCAUCGCCUCAAACGAAUAG